AUGGGUCUCUUCAAAAAGUCCAACAACGGCGACGAUGACGAUGGCAACCGCCGGGCAUUGUUUGGCAGCCGCUCAAAGAACAAGAGUCCCGCGCAGUCCUCUAAUCCCUACGCCCAACCAGCCCCGAUGGAUCCGUACACAAAGGCCAAGAUCCAAGCAGGUGUUGCAUCGCCCCCAGCCGACUACCAGGGCGGCUCCCCCGCCCCCGCAGGAGGACCCCACGCUAUCCCAUCAGAUCACAAGUACUCGGGCUACACACCCAACCGCUUCGGCAACCAAGGCGGAUAUGGCAGCGAUCGAUAUGGUAGCGGAAGUGCUGGUGCUGGCGCCAGCGCCAGCCCCGGCUCACGAUACGGUACCGGAGGCUACGGCGGCCUAGGCAGCACCGAUCCCAAUGACCCCGGUGCGUCUGAAUCUGCCCGCAACGAGCUGUUCGGCGGUGCCCGGGAUCGUGCCCAGCAGGACUCGCCUGCUGGUGCGGGUGCCCCGCCUCCAUACUCGGGCAGCCAGGCCGAGCAACCAAGUAACUACGGUGGCGGUAGCAAUGAGUACAGCAUGUCGACCUACAAUGACCGGCAGCUCACCGCAGAGGAAGAGGAGGAGGAAGCCAUUAACGCCACAAAACAGGAGAUGCGUUUCGUGAAGCAGGGUGAUGUAGCCUCGACGCGGAACGCUCUCCGGACAGCAGCCAUGGCGGAGGAGACCGGCCGGUCGACAUUGGCGCGCCUAGGGGCGCAGGGCGAAAUGAUUCACGGGGCAGAGAAGAGUCUGGACAUGGCCUCAGUUGAGGGCCGGCUAGCACAGGAGAAGGCGCGGGAGCUGAAGACCCUCAACAAGAGCAUGUUCGCCGUGCACGUGGCCAACCCAUUCACUAGUGCCUCGCGCCGGCGCGAGCGUGACGAGCGCAUCCUAAACACCCACCGGGAUGAACGCGAUGCCCGUGACGGCACCCGCACCGAGGCCUACCAGACCAACGCUCGCAUGGACAAGGUGUUCCGGGACAUUGACCGGGAGGCCAACAAGCAAAACAAGGGCAAGAAGGCCAAUGUAACCGAACGCGCAAAGUACCAGUUUGAGGCAGACAGCGAAGACGAGGCCAUGGAAGACGAGAUUGAGCAGAACUUGGACCUCCUCAGCGGCGCCGCCGGCCGAUUGAAUGGUCUUGCUAAGGCCACGGGCCGUGAGCUGGAUGAGCAGAACAGACAUCUGGAGCGCAUUACAGGCAAGAGCGACUAUGUCGACGACCAAAUUGCCAUGAACCGGGCCAAGCUGGACCGGAUCCAUUAA